AUGCUUGUGACGGCGCUGGCCCUAAUCCUGGCCCCCGCCGUCCUGGGCGCGUCCCUGAAAGCUGGCGGCCUGACUACCUCUGACCGCCGCGCCCUGGGCGAGCAGGCCGCCAACGCGCCGCCCGUCCUGCAGAUGGGCGACAUGACCGUGAUCGGCGGCCGCGUCCCCACCAUCAACGUCGGCGGCCGCUCCAGCGUGUACGGCAACCUCAACAGCCGCCACAGCGGCGGCAUCACCGUCAGCGGCGGCGCCCUGGGUCCCUUCCAGAACGAGGGCGGCAACGUGUACAUCGACCAGUGGCACCGCCGCCGCAUGGCUGAGCAGGCCGCCGCUGCCGCCGACGCCAGCAUUCUGGCUGUUGGCGGCCGCACGGGAGGCUUUGCCGCCGACAAUACCCCUGUCACCAACAACAACGGCAUGAUUUACUUCGGCAACCAGGGCAUCAAGUAUAGGGGCGGCACCACCACAGCGAUUGACAACUAUGGCAACCCUGUCGUCAACCAGGGCGGCUACGGCGACAUCUGGGGCCGCCGCCUGUGA